CAUGCUAAUAGAUUCUCUGAUAUUAUUAUCUCAGAAGAAUCUAUUUCAAAUGUACUACUCUUAGAGAAUAAGCCCUCUUUACAACCCAAAGUGGCAGAUCUUUACCUGCUUAAUAUCAGAUCAACUUUACAAAAGAAGAACUUUUCUGCAGAACUUAUUGAAAUGAUAGAAAAUUCAACUAAUAAAUCAUCAAAUAGUACA